ACUUACGUCAUUUUACGUGGCCGACAAUCCUAUCCCACUGCCUGUCUGCUUUUUGUUUGUUGCAUUUCGAAUAGAAUUUGUAUGUAAACUUAAUAACAACGGCCAGAAGUUGGGCCUUAUUCUCUUAAGUAACUUUAUGAAGAAUAUCACAGCGCCAUGGGUCUCUGUAAAUGUCCUAAACGGAGAGUUACAAAUCAGUUUUGUUUCGAACACAGAGUGAAUGUUUGCGAAUAUUGUAUGGUCACGAGCCACCCGAAGUGUAUCAUACAGUCGUAUCUGCAGUGGCUACAAGAUAGUGACUACAACCCCAUAUGCGAGAUUUGCACAAAAAGUUUAAGCGAGGGAGAAUGUAUUCGACUCACCUGUUAUCAUGUGUUUCAUUGGGCGUGUGCGGAGGGUCGGUACCGCGCACUUCCACGCACGACGGCCCCGGCGGGCUACCAGUGUCCGUCCUGCGCCACGCCAGUGUUCCCUCCACCAAAUUUGGUGUCACCAGUUGCAGAUGAACUCCGAGCAAAGCUUGCUGGAGUGAAUUGGGCCAGAGCUGGCCUUGGCUUACCAUUGCUUUCAGAAGACCAAGACAUGAAAGGUGCAGCAGGCAGAGGCAGCCAGUCUCCAAUUGACCAUUCCCAGUACUACAACUCAGUGGACAGUCAGAGAGGGACUCCCGUGGGAGCCAGUGAUGAUGAGUCCAACGGCCGCUCAGCUAAUGGCACUCCACAUUCCGUAGUUCAAAUUACUGAUGAGCCUAUCAAUAUUUUCGACAACACUUCCGUUAAACGAAGUGACAGUUUACAAGGGGGCCAAGCUUCAAGGAAGGGUUUCAAGCCCAUUGACCAUGUGAAACCGUCAGCUAACUAUGAUCAUGAUGAUAACAAAUACAAGCAGAAGUCCACAUUUGCUUGGAUUAGCAGGUGGUGGAAAAAUACACUUCCAUCUUCUCGCGUGCGAAGAGCUGGAGGUAUCUACAGACGCUACUGGGUCAUCCUGUUCAUAAUCAUUGCAGUAAUAGUGUUUCUGGUAGUGCUCAGCCAACGAGAUGUUGACGAGGAGAAUCCUUUCGGGUACGCACACGAGGACGAUCGCAGAAUACUCCAGAAGAAUUAGCAACUGUAUCUAAUUAUUCUUUAUUUAUAAAAAUCAAGCAAUCUUUAAAGUGAUAUGUGUUAUGUGUACUAUAUGAAUAUAAACAUUUGUUCAAAUUCAA